AGAUGUGCCAGGAAAACAAUCGCUAUAGUCCUCUCUUUCACACAAGAGGUGGUAUGCCUCUGAUUAUGGGAUAGACGUCCCAUAGGAGGAUACAAACCAAACACCGACAAAGAAGAAGAAGAAGAAGGAAAACAAUCUCCCGAAGGCAGUGUAAAAACAAACAUUGCAUACUGCGCUCUGUCUUGUGUAGUAUCGAAUCAAGCCUCAACGAAUUGUGAUAUCGCAGCAUAAAAUAUGGCUACCGAAUGGGUGUGCGUACAGCGUCAGCAGGACGAGUGCCGCCGCUAUCUUGAUCAGUUCAAGGUUCUAGAUCAUCCACUGAAACAAUCGACGAUAACGGUUCUGGAAAGCCGAGGAACUCGAGGCAAGGUUUCAACGACAGCGAACGGAGUCUCGCUGAGCAGUAAUAAUUCGGCAGCAAUGUCUGCCGCAGCAUUGUCGCUCGAUCCGCUUACCAUAGCUUUCGAUGGAUCGGAUCCGUUGAGCCAGUUUGCAAAGCAGCAGUCAACAUCGCUGGGUAAAGAUCCGCUUUCCCGAAUGGCGGCCGAGAUGGAAAGCAGUGUCUCGGUUCCGCUGAGUCCGCUCGGCUCGCGAAACUCUCUGGGAAAAGGGAAAGAGCCAACCAACUUGCUGGAACUGGAUCUCAUCGAACCGUGGGCCGCCCGUCGGGGUGCGAUUUUGAACAAAUACACCACCUCCGAGAAGCUGUCGAUCGUGACCAGUUUUUUGACCGGCGGCGAAACGAUCAAACCCCAAACGACAAUGUCGGAGAAGGUCAAAUAUCGAUUGGAACAGCUGGAUGACUUUGACGACGGUUCCGUGCGGCAGAUGCUGGACCUCUCGCAGCAGGAAUACGUCGUGAAGAUCGAGCAACUAAACCACGAAUUGGUGCAAGCGUGGAAUCAGGACCAGCGCGUGAAAGCGCUCAAAAUUGCGAUCCAGUGCUCGAAGCUGCUGUCCGACACGUCCGUCAUCCAGUUUUACCCGUCGAAGUUUGUCCUCAUCACCGACAUUCUCGACAUUUUCGGUCGGCUCGUAUACGACCGGCUGCGCACGAAGGCCGACUACAUCCAUCCGGGCACGCGCGAAGUGACCUCGCUGCCGGAAAGCUUUACCCCAGACAUGGUGCCGGAAUCGGCGAAAGAAACGUGCCAAAACUGGUUCUACAAGAUCGCUUCCAUCCGCGAGCUGCUGCCACGACUGUACGUCGAGAUAGCCAUUUUGCGCUGCUACAGCUUUCUGGCCCAAGACGAGUUCGGUCUGGCGUUGCGCAGGCUGACGAAAAUGAUCCGUGGCAUUGGUGAUCCGCUGGUGGCGAUCCACGCCCGCUGCUAUCUGUGCCGAGUGGGCAUGAGUCUAACACUCGAUCGGACGUACAUUGGCGAAAAUCUAGACGACAUUCUGGCGGUCUACCACACCAUCUUUAACGGUGGAAUCCGGUCGGAGAUUGCGCGCCACCGCAUCACACUGAACGGAUACCUUUCCCUGUAUCUCCCGGCGCUCGAUUGGAUUUUGCAAGGGGUGGCCAUUCUGACGACGGACAACCAGCUGGACGAUAUUUUGCAGCGCUGUAAGGAGAAGAAAAAUCCGGCCCUGCUCCUUCAAUCGAUGAUGCAAUCGUUCCGCUCGGAUUUCAUCGCCUCCCGGGCUACGCAUUUCGUGCAGAUCUUGUCCUCCAUCUCGGUGGAAGGCCUUUCGAGGGGACAGCUGUUCCGCUUGCUGGGAAGCAUCCUGAGUCACACGCCACCGCCCACCGAACAGCGGGCAGUGGUACUCGCGAGCGCCAUGAAGACGAUCAGCUCGCUGGGCAAUGUGGAGGAGUUUAUGCAGUGUGCCGAGAUGUGGGCCCAGUACACUAGUCAACAUUUCGGACUGAAAGAGAUCGAUACCUUCCUCGGACAAGUGCUCCAGCAGAUGACCCCGAACCGGCUGUACGAGCAACACUACCACGAACUGCAGGUCAUAGUGGACAAAAUCGUUUCGAAUGCUCAAGACGUGCACGGCGUACUGGCACUGGACAAUUUUCUACCGCUGCUGGAACUAUUCCAAAAGGAGACCAUGAAGCUGGAGGUUUGCAAGAAUGUGCUCACCAGCUAUCGCAAUGCAACGGCCGGCGAUAAUGCACUCAUCAACGAUCCGAUCGUCACCAAUGCUCUCAUGUACAUCAGCCGGGUGUUGAAUGAUUCCGUCAACGCUCUCACCGGCGAAGAUGAACGGCGACAAAUCAGCGGUCUCGUGUGUCACUUCAUUCGCAAGGUAGACUUUGGGCGUGACUUCGAACAGCAACUUGCCUUUUACGUCGAGGCACGCUCGGUGCUGUCCAACCUCGAUUCAGCCCUUUCCACACUCAUACAUUCGGUCAACCGGCUGGCGACAAGCACGCGACGCAUCGUGAAGGGCCAGCACACGCAAAAGACGGCCGCCUUCGUGAAGGCCUGCGCCGCCUACUGCUUCAUCACAAUCCCAUCCAUCAUCGACGUACGUACGCGCAUGGAGCUGUAUCUACAGUCUGGGCAGGUUGCGCUGCUGAAUAGCUGCCUCCAGCAUGCCGAUUCCUGCUUCGAAGCUGCACUCAAUCUAAUCCCCGAGAUGCCCCGGAUGGUGGAAACCGACGGGAAGAUGCAAUCGACGGAAGGAUUCAUUAAAACGUUCGUCGUCAAUUUUCUGUCCACACUCGUCAUAGUGCCGGAUAAUCCAACCCAGGGAGUGCUGUACUUGCUGCGCCUCCUGCUGGAAGUCGUACCAAAGUAUCCCUUCGAGUCGACAUCGAGCAUGCUUUCCGGCAUCUACCUGCACGUGCUCGACUUUCUGUCCGUGGCGGCACAGGAGGUGUACCCGUACCAUAUCGUAAACGUAAUCUCCAACGACGAGCUGUACGGAUCCGAUCCGAAAUUCAUCGCGGAAGUGAACGAGCUGUGCUGCACGGUAUGCGAUAAGCUGCUGCAGCAUCUGAAGGCACUGCUGGAAUCGAACGCACUGCGAGCGCAGUCAGAGUUGGCGCUGGAUCUGUUCCUUAAGAUCAUUACCGGUGCGGAUCUGUCGGUGGACAAAAUGUUUACACUGACGGUCAAUCUGUGGAACCUGGCGGUAAAGAACCGGAGCGCAAUCGAUCCGAAGCAAUUGCAAACCGUUGUGAUGUACACGGAGCAUCUCGCCCACAUCACCCAGGUGGAGUCGCAAAGGCAGUGCCUGUGGCUGCUGCUGGAUAAAAUGAAAUCUCGCAUGUAAAGCACGCAAAAAGCAUGACCUCGGAGCGUCGUCGUGUCGCAAUACAAUGAUCCAUUCCCAUGGAGAGGUGAACAUCUUGAAGACUUUCUCCGGUUUAUGAUCGUAUCGCAUCAUUCAAUAAAGCACUGCAUACAUAUAUUUAUUUUAAAGCGUGCCACUACCCUGCUCCGACUUAGGCGAGAGAACUCAAGUAGACGAAACGCAAAACUAAAAAACCGAAAGAAUCAUCUUAAACUAUGGGGAGCUCAACAUAUCCGGUUUAUCGCAAUUAAAAAGCUGCUCGAUGGCUACUACUACAAUUGUUUAUUUUCAUUUCUUGUUUCAUCUUGUGUGUGUGUGUGUGUGUGUGUGUCUGUGUAUUGGUGUGUGUUUCUGUUUGUAGCUGCUCCUGCGGUAUUGUUGCUUCUCACACCGUUUUGCUUUAACUAUGGUUCAUUUGCCACGUAUUUCCGUGUCCUUUUUCUACGGUUGUGUGCUCACUGCUUGUUUGUUUCUUCUUCUGUAUUCUGCGCUCAUUCGAGAGUGCUAGUUUGCUUAACUAUCGUCUCGCGUUACUUAUUAUGCGCCCGCACGGAUGUAUUUCGUAUUCUUUGCUUUAGUAACAAAACGUUUGCUCUACGCUUUUCUUUUCCUUACGCCCCAAGGUGUGUACAUGCUUUGCCGUGUAGUGGAUGUGAAAUGUUAUCGCUCUAGCGACGUGUUGGACAUCGUGUAGCUAAACUUUGUUAUUGUUUGCGAUGGUAAGCCAUCUCACAUGUAUUGCCGUCCGCCCAUAUAUUGAACUGAUUGAGCAGCGGCCGCACACAUUUAUUGCAGUUUUCUCUCGGUUUGCCGCACGUCGGCAAGCGAUGAUGAUGCGUUCCGUUUUGCUUUUGGGUGUGUGUGUGUUUCAAUGUAUGUUUCCGAUGGAUAAGUAGUGUCGAUAAUGGAAUCUAGUCCUGCCUGCUGUCCAGGUGUGAUACGAUUCUCGGUUUAAUUUGAAUUGCCCGUUACAAUGCAGUACGAAUCGAGAGGCGGGAACAAUACCGAACUAAAACCCAACAGACAAACACAUAGAAAUACGUUUUCCAAAUACUUAAGUACCUAUAACUAACGCAAAACAGUCAUUUAAUGCCGCAAAGAGAAAUAGGAAUGAAAUGGAAAAUAAAGCUUGUAGUCAUUACAAGGAAAUGCGGAAGGAAAAGUCCCUCAAAUACUAUUUCUGCGCAACCAGUUACGUUACACGUUAUACGUCUUCGUUCUUCCCCUUGUGCGUCUCCUGAACUCGGUUACGCACGUCGAUCAAAUCCGAUUGAAGUCCCGACUCGCAAUCUUCCUACCUCGAUCACUUUUCAAAAUGCGCUCUGCCUGACUGUGUAUGAGUGUUCAUAUGAGUGUGCGUGUGUUUUAGUUGGGAGACCUUUAUUGCUAGCGCGCAUUAAUGUUUCGCAUGGCUCUCUGGCUAAUCGUUAUAUUCAUAAUAAAUAAACCGACCAAAAUGGCGCCACCACCUACCAUCGCAAUCAAUUGCCUUUUGUAAGCACAACACACCAUCAUGAUCGCCGCUUUCCCUGCACUUUUGAGCACAAGAUCGACGACCAGCUUUCCCCACGGUUCGUUACUCCUUAUUAUUGCGGCUUGGUGGCGGCGAUGAGGCUUCCUUCGCUUGCGUCUACGAUUUUUCUUUAUAGCUUUACGGGUUUUCAUAGUAAUUUCUUUAUUUUAAUAUAUAUUGACAAAAACAAUACACAUUCAAUGGGUUUGAUUGAUGAUUUUUGUUGCUUCAUUUUUGCUUGCCAUUUGCUCACUGCUUGAUGUUUCUUUUGUGUUUUUUUUCUAACUUUCCUGCUGAUUAUUGGCGCUUCUGCAUUUAGUUUACGCUUAGUUGUGUUAG